AUGUCGGGCUGGAACCAGAACAAAAUGGGUAGCGAUCCUCAGUAUCAACAGGGGUACGCUCCCUAUCCUGGGCCAACUCCGUCGUACGCGCAAGGCUACGCACCUCCACCUGAUGACGCUUAUGGUGGCUAUGGGGGUGGGGAUGUGAAGGACCCCUACGCGAAUGACAGGUUCAAGCCGAAGAGCAGGAUCAACGACCCCAUUUUCCUCAUUUUGUUCAUUCUCCAGUUUCUUGGUUUUGCCGUAUUGUCUGGAAUCGCUCUCAACUCAUGGGUUUCCACCGGUGGUAAAGGAGGUGGUCUAGGGAAAAGUGGAGGUCGCUCGGGCACCAGCAUUACAUUGAACGCGAGCACGGCAUACCUAUUGCUGCUGGCGACUGCAGCAGCGGUUCUUUUCUCCUCGCUCUACCUGAUCCUCAUUAGGAUGUUCACGAAAAUGGUUAUGCACAUCACUCUCAUCCUCAGUAUUCUCCUCAACAUCGGAAUAUGCAUUUAUUACUGGAUUACCAAAUACUAUUCGGGAGCCAUCAUCUUCACUGUGAUCGCCCUAUUUUCGAUUUUGUCAUACUGGGGAUACAAAUCCCGCAUUCCUUUGGCGUCACUCCUUCUGCAAGUUGUAAUAGACAUUUCGAAACACCACAAGACUGUCUAUGUAGUGGCGUUUACGUCUCUUAUCGUCCAAGCAGCAUUUGCGGUGUGGUAUGUCUUCACCUGUAUGGCAAUAUACUCCAAGUGGACUCCCGGAGGCGCGAGUUGCACCGGGUCGGCAUGCUCAUCCGGAAAAGUAGCUGGCUUGAUUUUUUACGCCACGUUUUCGUUUCUCUGGACCUCUCAGGUCAUCGGUAACGUUGCACUUUUGACACUCGCUGGUGGCGCCUAUGGAUCCUGGUACUACUUUGGACCGCGCUCACAAGGGGAGAUGCCUAAUCAUCCCAACUGGUCAUCGUUCGCCCGUGCAUCGACUACGUCCUUGGGAUCCGUCGCGUUUGGCUCAUUGAUCGUGACAAUCCUCGAACUGAUCAAGUUGAUUCUACAAGCCAUACAGAACAAUGCGAACUCUGAGGGUCAUCCCGUGGAGGCUAUCUUGGCUUGUUGUGCGGCUUGUAUCGUCGGCUGUAUUGAGUCCGCCGUCGAAUACUUCAAUAGGUAUGCCUAUAUUGAGAUUGCGCUUUAUGGAAAGCCAUACAUCGCAGCCGCAAAGGACACUUGGAGACUGUUCAAAGACCGUGGAAUAGAUGCUCUCGUUAACGAUUCGUUAGUGGGAAUGACGUUGACGUGGGGUGCUUACGCUGUUGGAAUGCUAUCCUCGCUAUUCGCGUAUCUAUAUCUUCGAAUUACCGCCCCGUCUUACAAUGUUGACGGACAGUAUACUGCCCCUGUUAUCCUAUUUGCAUUUUUAAUUGGAAUCAUGUGCUCUCUGACACUGUCAUCCGCCAUCGAAGCUGGUGUUUCGACCAUAUUCGUCGGUCUCGGAGAAGAUCCUCAGGUCCUAGCCAUCCGUGCACCGGCAUUAUUCGGCCUUAUCGCUCAAGCCUACCCUGACGUGGUUCAGGGUGUGCCGAAUGCGUAA